GAAUAAACUCAAAGAGAAAGAUAGAGAGAAUCCAUGGCGGAAGGAAGUAACGGAAACAUAAACUCAGAGAUUUACAAGAAGAUUCCCAAUAUAAAGUUUACAAAGCUUUUCAUCAAUGGAGAUUUUGUUGAUUCCGUUUCAGGAAAAACAUUUGAUACGAUAAAUCCGGGUACAGAAGAAGUGAUAGCAAAGAUCGCAGAAGGAGAUAAAGAAGAUGUCGAUUUGGCGGUAAAAGCUGCCCGAGAAGCCUUUGAUCAUGGUUCUUGGCCACGUAUGCCCGGAUGUGAGAGGGGUAAAAUAAUGAACAAAUUUGCGGAUUUAAUAGAUGAAAACCUCGAAGAAUUAGCAGCAUUGGAAACGCUUGAUGCGGGCAAAGUUUUUAGUUUUGAAACCGAUGUUGACAUCCCCGAUGUAUCAAAAGAACUUCGUUACUUUGCUGGGGCAGCAGAUAAAAUUCAUGGAAGAACUUUGAAAUUGUCUCGCCAAUUGCAAGGCUACACUUUGCUUGAACCUAUUGGAGUUGUUGGCCUUAUAAUCCCUUGGAACUUCCCUAGUGGCAUGUUCAUUCUUAAAUGUGCACCGGCUUUAGCCGCCGGUUGCACCAUGGUCGUCAAGCCAGCCGAACAAGCACCCCUCUCGGCUCUCUACUUGGCCCAUUUGGCUAAACUAGCGGGGAUCCCGAAUGGUGUUAUCAAUGUUGUGACAGGAUUUGGGCAUACUGCGGGUUCUGCUGUCGCUUCACAUAUGGAUAUAAAUAGUGUUAGUUUCACUGGCUCAACGGAAGUCGGACGAUUAAUAAUGCACGCUGCAGCUAAUAGCAAUUUGAAAACGGUUUCUUUAGAACUCGGGGGAAAAUCCCCUCUCUUGAUUUUUAACGAUGCAAAUGUUGACGAAGCUGCGGAUCUUGCUCUCUUUGGGAGUCUUGCUAACAAGGGAGAAAUUUGUGUUUGUACUUCACGUGUUUUUGUUCAAGAAGGCAUUUAUGAUGAGCUUGUGAUAAAAUUGGUUGAAAAGGCAAAAACGUGGGUCGUUGGUGAUCCCUUUGAUCCUAAGACGCAACAAGGACCCCAAGUGGAUAAGAAACAAUAUGAGAGAGUACUUUCAUACAUUGAUCAUGGAAAGAGAGAAGGUGCUUCGUUGUUAGUUGGUGGUAGGCCUUGUGGUGACAAGGGAUAUUAUAUCGAGCCAACAAUCUUUGAAAAUGUUACGGAUGAUAUGCUUAUUGCAAAGGAUGAAAUCUUUGGUCCAGUUAUGGCUCUUAUGAAAUUCAAGACAAUUGAAGAGGUGAUUACAAGAGCAAAUGCAACGACAUAUGGUCUAGCAGCUGGAAUCGUUACUAAUGACUUGAACAUAACUAACCGGGUCUCGAGAUCAAUUAAGGCAGGUGUCAUAUGGAUAAAUUGUUACCAUAGUUUUGAUUCGGGGUGUCCUGUUGGAGGAUACAAAAUGAGCGGGUUUGGAAAGGAUCAUGGUGUGGAAGCCCUAGAGAAGUAUCUUCAAACAAAAGCUGUUGUGACUCCCAUUUACGAUUCACCAUGGUUGUAAAUCUUUAUAACUUUAGUGUCUUGUGUGUUUGCUGAAAUCUGGGAGGAUUUUGCAAAGUAUUUUACAUAAAGUGAUAGUUGUUCAUGUAACAUAGUAAAUAGAUUUUAAUUCAUAAAGUUGCCAUUAUGGUAAUGAUAUUUUGUAUUAUGAUAUAGAAUAUAAUUUGCCAAUAUGUGAGCGAUUACUGAAAUAAUUGAUGUUAAGACGGUUGUGGUGUAUGUAUGUGAAAUAGAAGUGGUAAGUAGAGGUG